AUGGCUCCUGGUUCAAGAUCUACGACUGGCGGGCCUCCGACCAUUAUCGAUCACGAGCUGAGAGUGAACGAGCCAAUGGAUACGUUCAGAACCCUGUGGGGCGAGGCCUUGCACAAUGUCAAGUCCGCGCGGUGGUUGUCUAUGGAGCAACGGAUGCUGGGCUGCAACUCCGUGGAAGACGUUUGCAUGGUACUAGAAGAAACCAUCGAGAAGCUAGAGCACUCUCGAAGUGGGAGCAAGAGGUGGAGGGAACUGCGAGACAAGUACUUGAAGCCGAUCGUUCAAGCGUUGCUCGUCUUCAGCGACGCGAUAGCGGAAAUAGCGGCGUCCUUCCCCGUCGUGCCUGGAGGGAAGGCGAUCUUUACAGCCUUGGGCAUACUCCUUGCGGCCACCGAUGGAGUCGAGCAGCGUCGCGUGGCGCUCAUCGAGCUUUUCAAGGAGCUGGAAUUCUUCAACAAGAACUUGCUGGUCCGUCUCGCGAAGCCCGCUGAGCUCGGACAGGCGUCCAAGAUCAGCGUCAUCGCCAUCAUGGCGUGUAUCCUCGACAUCUUGUUGAUUGCGACGCGGCUUUUCCCUCCUUCCGUAUGA